AUGAACACCACCAUUGCCUAUCCUAGUCCAAUCUUUCAAUUGUCUCCAUUUUAUCCAUUCUCUCCAGUAUGGCGAAAACAGUCAUCGCAACGGGCACCUCGUCCGGCCUGGUAAGCUGCGCAUCUUCAUCUUCCACCCCACCCAUCAUCCAACUCUUCAAACCCCCCAUCUCAUAUCCACAAUGCACACCAACUAGACACACGAAAGCCGACAAGCUAACCCACCCAGGGCUUCGAGCUAGUCAAGCAGCUCCUCUCGCAGUCCGAGCCCUACACAUUCAUAAUGGGCGCGCGCGACACAGCCCGCACCCAAGCCGCAUACGACUCCCUUAAAUACGACACCACCAAGCACAGUGUCCAUAUUCUGCCACUCGAGCUGUCCUCCCUGCGCAGCGCGCAGUCUUUCGCAGGGCAGGCGCUCGCACAGCUCGGCUCCACCAAGUUGGAUUAUUUAUUCCUCGGGGCGGGCGUGCUAGACGGUGCGAGUGGGGCGGGGCCGAAUGGGUCGGUUUGGUGUGAGGGGUUUGUGGUUAAUCAUUUGGCUCAGCAUUAUUUGGUGCAUUUGCUUCGUGAUGCGUUGGAGGCGUCGAAGACGCGCGUGGUUGUCGUUUCGUCGGGCGCUAUUCGCAGUGUGAGGAACCAGGAUCCGGCAACCCUCGACGUGGACUUGAAAGCGAAUUCCAACGCCGGAGUCCGCGCAGUGUACAGCGCCUCCAAGUUCGUGCAGCUGCUAGGCGCGCACUACUGGCGCCGGGAGCUGCCCUCAUGCACGGUGGUAGCAGUCUCACCGGGUCUCAUCCCUGAUACCAAGCUUGCGUCGAGUAUGGGGCUGACGAUGAAUAUGGCGGAUGCCAAAACCAUUCCCGAGGGUGCCCAGAAUCUUCUCCGCGCGAUCACUGCUGACGUCCCGUCGGACCCCGAACAGAUCUUCUUGACUAGUUGGGGGGAGUGGUGGCCGAAGGAUGUGUACGCGAUGAGUCUCGACCGGGACCUGCAGAAGAAGUGGUGUUUGAGUAAGGAAGAGAUUGAGAAGUCUGAGGGUCUUAUCUGAUAGGUAUAAACUUACUAUAUAGAAAGAGUAUGUCUUUAUAGAUAAGAAAAACACACCCCGUGUAUGAACUCCAUAUGGAACC